UCGGGAAUGUCGGCGAAGCGGCGGCUUGUGGCUCCGCGCCGGCUUUGCUUGAGGAGAACGAGCGGCUGCGGAGGAGCAACGCGGCGCUUAUGUCUGAGCUGGCUCACAUGCGGAGGCUUUACAACGACAUCAUUUACUUUGUACAAAACCACGUCCGGCCGGUGGGGCUGAGUUCAACCAGCGCUUAUAAUAGCGGUAUAAAUGGUUCUUUUUACGAGUUCCGGCGAGGGGGAGCGGGUCUCAACUCUGUAGGAAGUGCGACGUCUAGUAGCUCGCUGACUAUCGCUGAGGAUCCAUCGACGCGUUUGGAUGGGAAGGAUAGUGAGAGCAGCGGUAGCCCGACGAAGCUUUUUGGAGUUAGUAUCUGUGCUAAGAGAAGGGAGUUCCCUGGCGAACCGGCUUCU